AUGUCUGAAACCUUCGAGUUCCAGGCUGAGAUCUCUCAGCUUCUCUCCCUCAUCAUCAACACCGUCUACUCCAACAAGGAGAUCUUCCUUCGAGAGCUCAUUUCCAACUGCUCCGAUGCCCUCGACAAGCUCCGAUACCAGUCCCUCUCGGAUCCUUCCGUGCUCGACACGGGCAAGGAUCUGAGGAUCGACAUCAUUCCUGACAAGGAGAACAAGACCCUUACCAUCCAGGAUACCGGUAUUGGUAUGACCAAGGCUGACUUGGUCAACAACCUCGGUACCAUCGCCAGGUCUGGCACCAAGCAGUUCAUGGAGGCCCUCACUGCCGGCGCUGAUGUUUCCAUGAUUGGUCAGUUCGGUGUUGGUUUCUACUCCGCCUACCUCGUCGCCGACAAGGUGACCGUCGUCUCCAAGAGCAACGAUGACGAGCAGUACAUCUGGGAGUCUAGUGCCGGUGGCACCUUCACCAUCAGGCCCGACACUGAGGGCAAGCAGCUCGGCCGUGGUACCAAGAUGAUCCUCCACCUCAAGGAUGAGCAGACUGACUACCUCAACGAGAGCCGCAUCAAGGAUGUCAUCAAGAAGCACUCCGAGUUCAUCUCCUACCCCAUCUACCUCCAUGUCCAGAAGGAGGUCGAGAAGGAGGUUCCCGAUGAGGAGGCCGAGGAGACUGAGGUGACCGAGGAGGAUGACAAGAAGCCCAAGAUCGAGGAGGUCGACGAUGAGGAGGAGGAGAAGGAGAAGAAGAAGAAGACCAAGAAGAUCAAGGAGACCACCAUCGAGGAGGAGGAGCUCAACAAGCAGAAGCCCAUCUGGACCCGCAACCCCCAGGACAUUUCCCAGGAGGAGUACGCCUCUUUCUACAAGUCGCUCUCCAACGACUGGGAGGACCAUCUUGCCGUCAAGCACUUCUCCGUCGAGGGCCAGCUCGAGUUCCGCGCCAUCCUCUUCGUGCCCAAGCGCGCUCCCUUCGAUCUCUUCGAGACCAAGAAGACCAAGAACAACAUCAAGCUCUACGUCCGCCGUGUCUUCAUCACCGAUGACGCCACCGAUCUCGUCCCCGAGUGGCUCAGCUUCAUCAAGGGUGUCGUCGACUCUGAGGAUCUCCCUCUCAACCUGUCUCGUGAGACUCUCCAGCAGAACAAGAUCAUGAAGGUCAUCAAGAAGAACAUUGUCAAGAAGUCUCUCGAGCUCUUCAACGAGAUUGCCGAGGACAAGGAGCAGUUCGACAAGUUCUACUCUGCCUUCAGCAAGAACAUCAAGCUCGGUAUCCACGAGGAUUCGCAGAACCGCGGCACUCUUGCCAAGCUCCUCCGCUUCAACUCCACCAAGUCUGGUGACGACCAGACCUCGUUCGCCGACUACAUCACUCGCAUGCCCGAGCACCAGAAGAACAUCUACUACAUCACCGGCGAGUCCCUCAAGGCCGUCGCCAGGUCUCCCUUCCUUGACUCCCUCAAGGAGAAGGGCUUCGAGGUUCUCUUCCUCGUCGACCCCAUUGACGAGUACGCCAUGACCCAGCUCAAGGAGUUCGAGGGCAAGAAGCUCGUCGACAUCACCAAGGACUUCGAGCUCGAGGAGACCGACGAGGAGAAGAAGAAGCGCGAGGAGGAGGAGAAGGAAUACGAGUCCCUCGCCAAGUCGCUCAAGAACAUUCUCGGCGACAAGGUCGAGAAGGUCGUCGUCAGCCACAAGCUCGGCCUCUCCCCCUGCGCCAUCCGCACUGGCCAGUUCGGUUGGUCCGCUAACAUGGAGCGUAUCAUGAAGGCCCAGGCCCUCCGUGACACCUCCAUGUCCAGCUACAUGUCCUCCAAGAAGACUUUCGAGAUUUCUCCCAAGUCUCCCAUCAUCAAGGAGCUCAAGGCCAAGGUCGAGGCCGACGGCGAGAACGACCGCACCGUCAAGUCCAUCGUCCAGCUCCUCUACGAGACCUCUCUCCUCGUCUCCGGCUUCACCAUCGAGGAGCCCGCCAGCUUCGCCGAGCGCAUCCACAAGCUCGUCCAGGUCGGCCUCAACAUCGAGGAUGAGGUCAAGACCGACGACGAGACCCCCGAGGCCGGCGCCACUGCUGCCGAGACUGGUGACAGCGCCAUGGAGGAGGUUGACUAA